UGAGUGGGCUAUCAGCUUGACUGCAGGUUUCCUAAAGGCAUGCGCAAUUGCAGCCUGUUAUUUAAGUUGUGGAGCAGUCUUGAAGUGAGGUGUGGUGAUUUUACGUAAAGAUGAUAACUCUGGUGUUUACCAGCGUUAUAGCAGCACUACUGGCUCUUCUUCUCUACCAAAGCGUGACCUAUCGCUACUUCUGGGUGGAUCUGAUUUAUUACUUGAAACUUCGGAGGUACAGAAAGACAUUGCAGGCUCGUAUGCAGCAAGGGAUCAUCACAUACCUCGACUGUUUUCUCUACCAGGCGAGGAAUAACCCGAACAAACCCUUCGUUAUCUUCGAAAACCAGACUCUGACAUACCAGGAAGUGGACAGGAGAAGUAAUCAGUUUGCGAACGCGUUCAGAACGGAUGGCUCUUUGAAACAAGGAGACAUUGUUGCUCUGUUGAUGUUCAACGAAUCAGACUUUAUUUGUGUGUGGCUGGGACUGUGUAAACUGGGCUGUGAAGUCGCCUUUCUCAACGUCAACAUUAAAACCAAAUCUCUGCUUCACUGCUUUCAGAGUUGUGGGGCCAAGACACUUGUUGUUGGCGCAGAUUUGGUGUGUUUGGUGGAGGAGGUGCUGCCUGAUCUGAAGAGGGACAACGUGGCUGUGUGGGUGGUGGAUCACACAUCACCCUCCAAGGAUUUAAGCAGUUUACUAGAUAAGGUGGAACACAUGUCUGGAGAAACCUUAAGUGACCUUCCUAAAGUUGACUUCAUGUCAAACUUUCUCUACAUUUUUACUUCAGGCACCACAGGUCUCUCCAAGGCAGCCCGUGUCGGUCAUCUGAAAGCCAUUAUGAGUAUGGCCUUCUUUCAAAUGUGUGGAGCCACAUCUGAUGACAUCAUCUACAUCACUCUUCCUCUUUACCACAUGUCUGCUUCCUUGUUAGGGAUUGGAGGAUGCAUACACCUCGGUGCAACAUGUGUGUUAAAAAAGAAGUUUUCUGCCAGUCAAUUUUGGAAAGACUGUGUGAAAUACAAUGUGACUGUGGUGCAGUACAUAGGAGAGCUCUGUCGAUACCUGGUCAACCAUCCCACGGUUCCAGAGGAGAAAGCUCACAGUGUUCGGCUCGCAGCAGGAAGUGGUCUCAGGUCAGAUGUUUGGAAGGAGUUUGUCAAACGCUUUGGUAGGAUCAAGAUCAGAGAGGGUUAUGGGUUGACUGAGGCCAGCAUCGGCUUCCUCAACUACACAGAUGAGGUCGGACCGAUUGGGAGGGCGAGCUAUUUCAACAAGCUUUCUAUGCCGUUUGAGCUCCUGACAUAUGAUCCACAAACAUAUGAGCCAGUCCGAACAGACUCUGGAAGAUGCAUGCGAGCCAAAAUAGGAGAGGCAGGGAUCCUGGUAGCUCCUCUGACAGCUAUGAACCAGUUCCUGGGCUACGCUGGGAACAAGGUCCAGUCUGAGAAGAAGCUGCUCAGGGAUGUGUUCAAAGCUGGGGACAUCUAUUUCAACACUGGAGACCUCUUGCUCCACGAUCAGAGGGACUUUCUUUACUUCCGUGACCGUAUCGGAGACACCUUCAGGUGGAAAGGAGAGAAUGUUUCCACCACAGAGGUGUCAGAGGCUUUGGGUCUUCUUGAUUUUAUCCAGGAGGCCAACGUCUACGGAGUCACCAUACCAGGAUAUGAAGGUCGAGCAGGUAUGGCUGCUAUCGUCUUAAAACAGGAUCACAAAUUAAAUGGAACAAAACUCUACAACCAUUUAGUAAAAACACUUCCUGCAUAUGCUUGGCCAUGGUUUCUCAGAAUACAGACCUCUCUGGAUGUGACAGAGACCUUCAAGCAGCAAAAGGUGAAGCUGAUCCAGGAGGGUUUUAAUCCGGACGUCACCCAGGAUCCUCUGUAUUUCUUAGAUGUCUCUCAGAAGGACUAUAUUCUCCUGACUGUAUCUCUAUAUCAAGACAUUGUGUCUGGAAAGAUCAAUUUAUAAACGUUUUAGGACAAGUUAAUGCAGGAGUACUGACAGCGCCACAGUACAUCGAAAAAUAAGAUUAAGAUAAUCCAUGGUGUAGCCACAUUUCCAUUUGUCUGUAUUUAAAAUCCUGGUUUGUGAUCACUGCCACAGUGAGGGGUUCCCAACAUUUUUAAAUUGCAGCCCCUUAAAACAAAGCUGUCUCUACCCCUUUUCACAUUUUGCAUAUGUCAAUGAGUUGCAACAAAUAAACAUGUGGAGAGAAAGA